AUGGGUAUCGCUUGUCUCGAUGGUCCGGGAAAGUCGGGACAUAACAGCAUCGAGCAACACGUACCGUGCCGGAGUCAGUGCCUGGCGACGGGCGAAAAUCGUGCCUCGCAGCCCCAGGAGUCGCAAGCCACUACCGGUGAGGCUCGUACCGAGGCUCGCAUUGGAGACACACCCAGUGCAAUGGAACCAUCCGAACCGAGUGGACCAGCGUCACUGCUACUACCGAAUCCCUCGCCCCUACUGACGCCGUACAAUUCGGCGGCCAAGAAAACACCUCAUGUGGCCGGUGCAGCCCUCCCAAACCAUGGUAGCUGCGGAGCACCGGGGUCACUGCGCCCCAAAGGUCACUACCGCUCGUCCUCACUCGAGAAUAACCCGUUCCACCCGCACCCCAGCAGCAUGCCAAUCAUUGGCCUGAGCAUCGCCCAAGCGAGCUUCACGGGAACGCUAAAAUCGCGCCGGGAACAGAAGCGAAUCUCCGACUUCCUCAACAGGCAGUCGACGUCGUCCGGUCUCGGCGUCGGUAGCAGCGGCGCCAGCUCGUUGACACUGGUGGCCGGAACCACCAGAGAGCCCCAGUCUGAGAGCAGCCUGCGGAAGGCGCACUUUGAGAACAUUCGAGAAAUUUUCGAAAAGAACAAUAGUAAAACGGCAGCCGCCCAGCAACAGCAGCACCAGUACCCGAAGGUAAAGCUUCCGACGCCUCAGCUGACCACGCCGUCUGCUGUCAUGACGAACGUUCCGUCGGUCUGCGAACCCGGACCUGCGGGCGGAAGCGCCUCGACGCUGGGGAUACCGAUCGACGAUAAGCCACCGAAAAUUCAAGCUUGCAGCGGUAUCCUUGGGAAGGGCAAACAAGUGAUCCGCCCGAUUGCCUUCAAACCAGUUCCUUACAAAUGUAACACACCAAAUUACGGAGCCCCGAUCGGAGGACGCCUGACGGAAUUAAGCGACCGGUACGGCUCGACACCGUCGCUCGGUCCUACGAUGAGCCUGCAGUACAAAUUCGGCAGCACGACCGAUCUGCACCAUCUGCAGCAGCAGCAUCAGCAGAGCAGCAGUGGAAGCAACGGAGCCACUCCGAUCGCCUCCGUCGGUCCGUGCUCUGGCAGUAGCUCAAUGACCGCGUCGAUCGGGCCGGGUUGCAGUAUGAUGAGCAGCAGCUUCCACCAGCACUAUCACCCCCAUCACCAGUACAGUACCUUAACGCGCAAGGGCUCCUCGACCAUACCCUUCAAGACGUACGACAGUUUAGAGUCGAUCCUGAAGCUGCCGGAUAGCAUGGUCGCGUCUUACUCCAAUCCUAGCCAUAGUCUCUACCAUCAACAAGAUGGCCUCGAUAUGGCACCGUCACCCUCCGACUCGGGCAUUUCCGAGCUGGAGGCCGCCCUGCGUGAUCGCGACUCCGAGCUGGCCUACCUGCGGCAAACGAUGGAGCACAAUGAACAAGUAAUAUUCAAAGUUCAUCAGGAUAAGGAGAAGCACUGGGAGCAAGAGCUGAAUCGUCUGAAAGCGAUCCAUGAGAGCCGAUUACGUGCCGGAGCGCAGAAGGUUCACAAACUCGAGCAGCUGCUAAUGAUGCAAACGUUCCAGCUGCGGCAGGACAAGAAACGGCUCCAGGAGGACAAUGCCCGGUUGCAUUCGGAUAUGGCACUGGCGAAGGACCAAACGGAGCAGCAAAAGUCGGAGAUGGGUCAGCUGCGGUUGGGCGCGAAAGAACUCAAGGAUCAGAAUGGGGACCUACUGGAUGAAAUUCAGAUGCUCCGUCGAGUGAUUAGUGAUCUGAAGGAGCGGCUUGAGGAGAGUGAGUGGAAGCUGUGUCAAAAGAAUGGAGAAAUUGCACUCAUGAAAACUCAGCUGAAAGACGCGCAGGCGGAAAUGGCCGCUAAAGAUCAUGAAAUUGUCCAGUUGAAAGCAGACCAGAAACUUCAAAACUAUGAUGAAAUCAGUUUAAAGAAGUCAGAGAUCAAAAAGGAGCUCGAUUUUGAUCUGGAAAUAUCCCAGCUCAAUCGUAUUGUCAUCUUCAAGGAUCAAAUCAUUGUGCUGAUGAACAACGAAAUACAGAAGUUACGAAAGGAACUGUCUGACAUUUCGAUCCUGCGAGGCUACGAAGGCGCACCGCCCGGCCGGUACGCUCGGUACAAAAAGAAGCUCGAGCUCGUGGCACAAAAGUUCGAGGAAGCGGAGCGCAGCGAUAGCAAUAAUAAUAAUAACCAGACUAGCAAUAGUGGCAGCAACAGACCAACAGAGCCUCCUUCCACCGAGAAGAAGGAAAGCAAGUCGGCCGUAGUUCCGUCGGCCGUGAUCUCCAGCAGCGAUAUCAUACGGAACUACUUCAACAGCAAGCUGGAAAUGGAUAAAAAGCUGUUCCUGAGCUCGCAGAUCUGCAACUACUCCGACGAGGACAAGUCGAACAUAAUUGACGCAUACGGUAGUGGCAAGCAGGUGGGUAUGGCCGACAUUACCCUCGACUUGAGCAGUCUCCUUCCGGGCACGCUACCCGUGACAACAAAUUCCACCGCGGACGAUGAGGUUCCCGCGAUCAUCACUACUCAAGAAACCUACCACCACCAGAGCUCCUCGGACGAUGACUACAAAUCCAUGACUCCGACGCCGGAGCACGAGAACGAGGAUGGAGAUAACGAAGCUCAAUCCAAGGAUUCUCCAGCCCUAAAAGGGAGCGGGAAAACGGUAGGUCAUAAAACACCACUCUGCACUGACGGUGAACUCGAGCGGUUGAAAGAUGAACUCGUGUCCUGCCGGGAGAAUUUCGAGCAGGAAAAGGCGAAAUGGGCCGACGAGAAGGAGAAAGUUCUCAUCUACCAACGCCAGCUACAGAAAAACUACGUCGAUAUGUGCAAACGGACGCAACAGCUUGAGGAACAGCUGAAGGCGUUGCAAACGAAGUCGGCCGGUGAUCCGGCUAGAGCGGACGCUAAAAACAACGGGGCUUAAGUGAGAGAAGUUUGUGUAGACAAUUUAACCCAUCGAGGGAAUUCUAUUUAAGGAUUAGAUUUCUGUGAGUGUGCACUUAUAGCGUUUGUAUUGUGUUGUAUUGCGUUUGCCAAUAAUCUUGCCCACUUCAGCUAUAUAUGUUUGUGUGUGUUUGUUUUAAAGGAAGACACGGACUAUUCUGCACAAAACAAGAUUCUGUAAGCCGCUAC